GCGACGCGGCGGCGGGGUGACGCUCCGAUUCAGGGUAGAGGCGGAGAGGGCGGCGGGGAACGAGGCAUACACGCUCCAAUGCACGGUGGUGAUGGAGCCGGCGGCAGGGGGCGAAGCAACCGCCCUCCAAUGCAGCUUGGCGGCGGCAGGGGGCGAGGCAAACGCCCUCCAGUGCACCGUGGCGGCGGGGGCCGAGAAACCGGUAGAGGGGGCGAUGGAGGAGGGAGGGGUGUGGCUGCUCCUGUGGCAACUGACGAGAGCAACCCGGGCGAAGCGCACUCGGGCCAAGGCACAAGUAAUAAAGGAGCUAAAAAGAGGGAGUUUCGAAUUCCUUUCACAGUUGAACAAAUAAAGGUGACAAAUAUCAAACACAUUGGAGAUAGAGGAAGGUUAAAGAUGAGAAAGCCAAGUCACUGUCAGGAAAUGGAAGUAAUUUUGGACUUACAGGACCCGUCUAGUUUGUACCGCUUGAGAAUAAUGUUACAGUUUUUCCAUCCGAAUAUAUUACGCUGUGAGGGGUUGGUACGAGAUCAAAAUUCGUUUGCGACAUUUGUGGUGCCAUAUAGUGGUCUGUUAUCUGAAUUUUUAAAAAAUGUGGCCCUCUUCAAUAAGGAAUAUGUUGUUCCUUCUUCGGAAUUGCAAAGCAUCAUAAGACAAAUUGUUGAAGGUUUGGAUGAACUGAGAUCGCAUGGUUAUUACCAUGGCAACUUCAGUUUAAACAACACUUACUAUCAAAUGGAGGGAAGCAAAAUAAUUGUGAAACUCGCAAACUUCCAGCAAAAAGUUAAUCUUGAUGAUGCUCAGAUUGAAGAUUGGACUGCUCUUGGCAAAGCACUUGAAACAAUCUCUACGAAUGUCAAAACUAAGUCUCCCAACACGAAUUGCAGUCUAAUUGAUGAUUUAGCCCAGAAGUUAAAAACUGUCAAAAGCCCACGAAGCCUCCCUAAUAUAAAAUAUGUGCUUCUCAAUGAAGUUUUCUUUUGGGACAAAGAAACACGAACAAAGUUCGCUAUAUACACAAUUCCCAAGCAUUUAUCUGACCCCACAUUUAGAGAUAAUGUGGAAAACAGAUAUAAGUGUCAGAUUCCUUGGGAUGGGCAUGCUUUUCGUGGGCUUAAGGCGGCUAUGAAUGACUAUCGUAUGAAUUUUGUGGACAAGAAAACAUAUGAUGGAAACAGCAAGUUUCACAAACUUACCUUUCUUAGUGGGUGUUACACUCACGAGGAUGAACUCAAGAACUACAUUACAGACAACCAACAAUCAGUUGAUAGAGUCUUCCAGUUAUGUGACCCUACCAUAUUCGUCGACGUAAAGAAGCUUAUUCCUUAGGUACUUCGUUCGUGUAAACUUUCUCUUGAUUUAUCAAAUACGAGUUGCAGAAUACUAAUUUCCUUAGAUGAUAGGACCAUGGCCCUAUUCUAAUUCUGGAACUGUGUUAUAUUUGUGAACACAAUUUCGCCUUCCUUGCCACCUCUAUUUACUUGCAUCUAGUUUUUUGUUACACAAUGCUCAAUAAAAUGCAUUUUGAUAGCACGUUCGUUCAUGACACACGUGAUGGAGCGAUGCUAUAGUUCGCUAUGAGCAUUAUCCACAACCACCCACAGGUAAUCUCUUGUAUCUAUGCAUAUUAUUAUGUACGUGUAUGCAUGCAUAUUCUUAUGUACAAGAUGUCUUAUUGUAGAUAAAUACUACCUUGUCGACUCCGGAUAUCCCAACAGAGUUGGAUAUCUAGCACCAUACAAAGGGCAACGGUAUCAUGUACCCGAUUUCCAACAACACCCUCCCAUGGGGAGGUAUGAGACAUUCAACCAUCGACAUUCUUCUUUGCGUAAUGUUGUCGAAAGAUCAUUUGGUGUUCUCAAGAUGAAAUGGCGUAUUCUCCAAGACAUACCACGCUACAAACCGGAGACCCAAAAGAUGAUCAUCACUGCAUGCAUGUGUCUUCACAACUACAUUCGUGAUAGCAAGUUACGUGAUGAGCAUUUUGACAAGUUUGACAAUGAUGCAUACGUGCAACCUCCACAGCUGUUUAGAGGUGCCAACGCUUUACCACCUGAUGAUGAUGGUACCAUGGCCGCUACACGUGAGGCUAUUGCCGUCAGCCUUGUACCUUGAGAUCAUCCAUCUGUUUGUAGUUUGCAACUCCCUUUUAACUUGUAAUAUAAUGCAAUAUAUGACAUUUCCAACUCUGGUUCUAAAUUGUAAUGGUAAGCACUUUAUGAUAUUUGCAAGUCGCUUUUAUAUUGUAA